GCAGACUUUCAGGAGAAAACCAAGUAAUUUUAAAUAAUCGUGUUUACAUUUUUGAUACAUUAAACCAUGAAUGGGUAAAAACACUUGAAAGAGGCAUUCCAGUAUCACCUUUGGUUAUUGUAUUACCUAUUUUAGCUGCACUUUUAUUGAUUUCAUUGAUGAUUUGUUG